AGUGGGGGCGGGCGGAGAGCGAGCCGGCCCGAUCCCGGGCUUCCGAGGAGCGGCCCCCGGAGGGUUAGGGAAAGGGCCCCGGCCGAGGUGGCGGGCACGACCGCCCACGGCAGCGGCGGGAGAGAACGGAGAAGGGAAGGGCCGGGCCUUUUAAAGUCUGAGGAGGGGAGCGGCCCGCUCCUCUCCGCCCAGUCCCCAGGCUGCCCCAGGAAGCACUUCCCGCCCCGCGCCUGCGCCCUGCGCGCCGCCGGCCUCCGAGUUGGCCGGGACUAGGUCUGCACGUGCAGCCGCCGGAGAGCGGGGACGCCGCUCCUCCCCACGUGGUCGCGCACGGCGCUCCCGCCUCUUGGUCCUUUUGAAACUUUAAACUCUCUUCCAGCCUCCUGGGCCCGGUGCUCGGAGAGUAGAAGCGAGAAGAUCCCCGGGGGCGGGGAAGCAGCGGGCAGCGAAUAAAGCCACAGCAAGGAGGAGGCAGGCUCUCUGGCAAGUCGCUCGCCGUCUCUGGGCUGUUUCCCCAUCUGCCCAAGGCUGGUGCUUGGAGACUUGUCCCUCCGAGGGGCCCGGGUGGGAAAGGAACACGCACCUGCCGCGUGCUUGAAAACAGGAUCUCCUUUGAUCCCUACACCCCCAUGACCCCAUUUUACAGAUGAGGAAGCCGAGGCCGGCCUUGUGACGUGACCCACGUUGCACAGCGGUUGGGCAGCCACUCUGCCCCUUCCCAGCGGGCCAUGGCCGCCCCGGUGCCUUUGGUCUGCAGCCAGACCGUGAGCAGGGUGAGCUCUGUGCUGCGCCGGGACGUGAAGCAGUUUGGAAAGAAGCAUCUGUUUGACGAGCAGGAUGAGACGUGUUGGAAUUCUGACCAGGGCACCUCCCAGUGGGUGAUGCUGGAAUUCCCCCAGUCUGUCCGAGUGUCUCAGGUGCAGAUCCAAUUCCAGGGCGGGUUUGCAAGUCGUCAAGGCCGCUUGGAAGGCGGCAGGAAGAGUGAGUCUCUGGAGAAGAUUGGGGAUUUCUACCCCCAGGACAACAACUCCCUGCAGAGCUUCCCUGUGGCAGAUGUCACACUGGACAAGCUCAAGGUAACUUUCGAAAACAGCACUGACUUUUUUGGCCGGAUCAUCAUCUACCACCUGCGGAUUCUUGGGGAGAAGCUGUGAGCUGCUGGCCAGCUUCCUACACCUGCCUCUGGACCAGGUGGCCAGCAAGUAGAAAGAGUUAUCAUUUGAGUGAAACAGCGUGGGCCCCAUCCCCUUUUCUCCUCUAAGAACCUGGAAGAGAAUCCCAGAAAGAAAGAGCCUCAGAGGUUCAGUUUAAAUCCUUCCAGGAAGCCAGCCUUGAUUGGAAAACAACUGACAUACUAACAGCAUUGUAGAGACAGCUUUGAAGGACUUCAGAAUUCUGGUCACUGCAGCGUCUGGCUAAGAUGCUGAGGUACAUGUGAGAGGCUCAGGAUACAAAAUAAGCAUUCUUUGGACUAGAAGUUGUAGGAAUUUGUUUUGCUUGAUUGUGCACAUUUGUUCCAAGCAUUUUUUUUCCUAAGUGGUAAAAGCUUGUUCAUAUAAAAAGGAAAAGAAAAGCCCACAUAUUCCUACCUCGGGAUCACCAGGCUGCUUAAAUGGCCCUACCUGUCUCACCCUCAGCUCCCUGUGCCAUCUACAUGUAAUGGGAAGCAGCCUCCCUUAUUCUGGAACAAAGGAGUCAGCCGCGAGGCCUUCUUGCUGUGGCCCCUCAGAUCUAAGAACGGCAGCCAUUUUUCCUCUCUUCCAGGCUAGAGUUGCCCUAUUUCCUUAUAGCCAGACUUCCCUGGGUGUCAGCUGUAAGAAAUGGGGAAGAACAGCCAGUGUUGACCCUGCUUGUGGGGUAGCAGCUGGUUUUAUUGGUUCAUGUUCCCAUUCCAUGGGCUUGGGGAAGCAGGGAGGGAUUCUCAGGAUGGCUGGUGUUGGGGCAGCAGAGGAGUCUUCAUGGCUGGGGAGCUAUGGGGUCCUGCCAGGACAAGUCAUUAGCCAGGAGCAUAGUCCCUCCCAUGAUCCUGGGAAGGAGAUGAGCUGCCUUGUUUCUGUUUGGGGGUCUGCCUCGUGUUGCAUUGGAGUUCUUGGACACACAGUUCUUGGGUGUGGUUCUCUUCCCCUCCCUCCCCCCCCAGAGAUUUGUAGGUGGCUAGGGGAAGAUCCACAGCCUUCAGCCAUGGGAAGAGGGAGAUCUCCUGGACCUGCUCUUCCUGGCCAUAGGGAUUGAAGAACUGGCUUCUAAGUGAGCUGACCUUCCUGAGCACCAGAUGGAAGGCACAGGACCAAAGCCCAGUGGCCUGGGCCUCUUUCACUCUGUCUCUGGAAGCAG